UGCAUAUCCGCUAUUUUGUCCUGUUUCGCCCUUUCGGUGGUGUAUAUUGCGAGCCUUUACGUAUGGAGUUCACCGUACAAUAGUGAACCACAAGGAACCACGAACGAAGUGUAACUGUAUUCACGUCAACCAAGAACCAUGAAUGCCUAUUCUUUAUUUCGAGAGAGAAUCGUAGUGUUGAGAGACGAGUUUUCGAUCGUACUACGCAGUGUAUAUGAGCACGAAGUGAGAAGUAGGUAGUAGAUUGGUAACAAACUAGUGGCAAAGAGUCUUCUGAACUCAGUCGAGAUGCGCGGAAUUAUUACGGUUCUCUCGCGAAACAAAGUAUACUCUCUGAUUUUCUCACUCACGCAGUCACUUUUCUGGACAAGAAUCAGGACAAGAAUUAAAUCUACAGCGCCUCUGUUGGCCAACAAUUUUCUUCAAUUCUAUUUCCAAUUGGCGCACUAUUUAAAAAGAACAUCCAACAACGAUAAAAAAGAGAUUUUUCAGCGUUUUUAUUAUGUCCCUUAUAUCUCCUGCAUCAUUGUAUUUUGGAAUGAAUGAGAAAGUAUUUCAGAAGGCAACAAUUUGGGAAUUAUUGGGUCUACGAUGGCCAGGUUUAUUUCAAGCAAUUGUGAUACCAUUAUUAUUAACAAUGAUACUAUUUCUAGGGCCAUUAAGUGUACAAGGUUUUAAUGGUCUUUGGAGAUUAUAUACUGAACCUAUGUACUGGCUUGGAAGUGUACGAACACUAACAUGGUGGAGAAAUCAAAUAGUUGCACCAUUGUCUGAAGAAUGGACUUUUAGAGCAUGUAUGUUACCAUUGCUUUUGCAAUGCUUUACACCAACAACUGCCAUAUUUGUAUGCCCCUUGUUUUUUGGGGUUGCACACUUCCAUCAUGUAGUAGAUAAAGUUAAGGCUGGCGUGAAACUUAAACAUGCACUUUUUAUAUCCUGUUUCCAGUUUACAUAUACAACAUUAUUUGGAGCAUAUGCAGCUUUUCUUUUUGCUAAAACAGGACACUUAGCAGCGCCAUUUACGGCACAUUCAUUUUGUAAUCAUAUGGGAUUCCCUGAUCUUUCUGAAGUUGUAGCAUUUAAGGAUCCUCUAAAGAGAGCUGGAUUAUUUUCUUUAUUUGUAAUUGGAUUAGUAGCCUGGUGUUUUUUACUGACACCAAUGACAAACCCGACAUUAUUUCAUAAUAAUUUAUUUUGGCAUAAACAUUUUAUAUGAUGAAGUGAUUAACUUGCAACAAUGUCACUAAUCUUACUUAUAAGAUUUGAAUGAAAAUAUCAAUUUAAUUCGAAGCUACGUUAAUUUCAGAUUGCAUGACAUUUAUUAAAAAACAGUUUCUUAUCAAAAGAACAACAAUUGCAGAAAGAUUCGUUUUAUCAAAAGAUAGACGCAUCUAUGCAAAAUAGAAAACGAUUGAAAAAUUAAAACUUUAUUAAGAAUAUUAUUAAUUUCUGAUUAAAUUGUUAAUUUUUGUGUGUUUCGUGAUCACUUUUUCCGACGAGUUUUCUCGCGUCGGUUGAUCGAUUCUCAGAUCGCUAAUUCUAUCCUAGCGAGGAUACGGAGCACAGGAUGUUUAGGCAGAGUCACGUGAAGUUGUUAAAAUAAAAUAAAAGAUAUAACUUUAAACGUUUAAAAAUGGUUUAUUAAACACUUCACACGCACGCUCACCUCGGGACAAUCGACGAAUUAUAACGAUAAUACAAACUGGUUGAAAUUUAGGUUGAGAAUUGCUAACACGUUUGCUUUCGUGAAAGGUUUACAAGGAUCUGAAUUUUAAAAUCGGAACGGCAAUCGUUUGAACCAUCGAUCCGAUCGAUGGCGUUGCGAUAGGGCUAAUCCCGUGCGGGAGGGAUUAGUGCCUGUACGCAGCGACGUAAUAUGGCACAGAAGUGCCUCGGUCGAUUAUUAUUAUCUUUAUUUCGGAACACUGUGCAAUCAAAUUAUCGAGAUAAAAUUAAUCAUGCAAUAUAGAAAUAAUAUAAAUCACCGUAGUGCCUCGAAUUUAAUUAAAUUUACGUAGUUAUAAUCAUGAAUACCAGUAACAAUUUAGACAGUUUUUCUUAAAAUAAUAACGUUAACAAAAUAUUAUGUAGUUAAAAAAUUUAUGACAUUGUUACAAUAAAUGUUGUUUUGAAUACUAAAAAAGUUACUUCUAUAAAAUAUAUCCUCAAAGAUUUGUUAAGAUACAAAUAUACAAAUGUAAAAAUGUUUUCAUUUUAAAAUAAGAUGACUGUAUUCUUAUUACAUGUGUAAAACAUGUAAGAAUUAACAAUACAAACAUUUAUUAGCUAUUUAAAUCACAGAGAUAACAGUUAUAACAGUAUUACAAUGUUUGCCAUAAAUGUAUAUAAGUAUUUAUACAGAAAUAACAUAAACAAAUACAUACGAGAUUACGUACUAGUACAAUAUCCUUUUACUUAAAAGGAUCGUUUUAAAACUCAUCACUAUACAAAUCCUAUAAAAUAUGUACUUGUCUAACAUGGUAAUUUGAAAUGUAACAAAAAGAGUUUUUUCUAAACAAAUAAAAACUU